AUGAUGCCCGUGACAUCAUGCCAUGGCUUGGAGAUCACCACUAUUGAAGGGUUGGGAAACAGAAAGAAAGGCUACCACCCGCUGCAGAAGACCCUGGCAGAAGACCACGGUUCGCAGUGUGGGUACUGCUCACCUGGUUUGGUCAUGUCUAUGUUCAGUCUCGUCAAAACAAACCCAAAUAUCACAAUGCUAGAGAUUGAGAAAUCACUCGGCAGUAACGUCUGUCGCUGCACCGGAUUCAGACCGAUCCUAGAAGCCUUCAGAAAGUUUGCUAAAGAUGCUCCGAAACAAAUAACUCUCCCUGACAUUGAAGAUCUUCACAUCUGCAAGAAGACAGGCGAAGAGUGUGAUAAGAGUAACUGUGAGGAGAGAGAGUGGUGCUUUGUGGAUAAAGAAGAGUGUGAUAAGAGUAACUGUGAGGAGAGUGAGUGGUGCUUUGUGGAUAAAGAAGAUAUUAUUGAAAUUAAAUUGAAAGAUGGGAGACUUUGGGUCCGAGUGCAAGAAGUAAGAGACAUCUUCAAGAUUUUUGACAGAGAAGGCGAUAGUUCCUAUAUGCUUAUUCAUGGUAAUACGGGAAAAGGUGUCUUUCCAAUUGAUGAGUAUCCACGCCUUCUUAUUGAUAUAAGUGGAGUCCAAGAACUGAAAGGCUACGUUUUAGAUCAGAACCUAAUAAUAAAAGCUGGAACAACACUCACUGAGUUUUUAGAGAUACUGAAAACGGUUGCUAAGAGCGAAUACUUUGGUUAUUUGGAUAAAAUUCACGCUCACAUUUUAAAAGUAGCACAUAUUCCUGUCAGAAAUGUGGCCUCCAUAGCUGGAAACCUCAUGCUGAAGAAUCAAAACAAUUCGUUCUCAUCAGAUGUUUUCCUGCUUCUAGAGACAGUUAUGCCCCGCUCACAAAGUGCUCAUGCACUGAUAAAUGCAGGGUUUCUCUAUAAAAUGAAAUCUGCAACCAGCAAUGUAGUGCACACCGCAAGGAUUGUAUUCGGCGCUCUCUCACCGUCUUUUGUUCGAGCCACAGUCACAGAAGAGUUUUUAAUCGGGAAAAAAUUAUUCACCAAUGAGACUUUGAAAUCAGCACUAGAGAAAUUGGAGAAAGAGUUGGUGGUAGUUGAAAAUCCUCCAGAACCUUCUGUAGAAUACAGAAAGAAAGUUGCACUUGGAUUAUUUUAUAAGGGACUUUUGCAACUGGCACCUGCUAAUGUUGUGGAUGGUCGCUAUCGCUCUGGAGCUAUCAACCUCCAUGAUUCUCGACCUGUGUCUCGAGCCGUUCAAACAUUUGAAACCAAUCAAACAAUCUGGCCUGUCAACCAACCAAUAAUGCAAGUCGACGCUUUGCUCAAAACUUCUGGUGAAGCUUUCUUUGUUGAUGACCUUCCAAAAUAUCUUAACGAAGUAUUUUGCGCUCUCGCUCUCAGUACUGUAGCUGUCGGCGACAUUGUAUCCAUUGAUGCAAGCAAGGCUCUGGAAUACCCGGGGGUUAUUGCAUUCUACACAGCUAAGGACAUUCCAGGAAUCAAUUCAUUUAUUCUUCCACUUAACUUUGUUUUCAUUUCGUCUGAAGAAGUAUUCUCCAGUGGUUCCAUUCAAUAUUAUAACCAACCCAUCGGAGUUAUUGUAGCUGAAACUCGAGCCAUUGCUGAGAGAGCUGCCAAAUUAGUUCAAGCAACAUAUAAAAACAUUAAAGAUCCGGUUGUUGAUAUAAAAGAGGCCAAAAAUAAUCCUGAGAGAACAACACUCUUUGCUGAACUAAAUGCAACAGAUGAAGGAGAAAACGUUGAAGAAGUAAUAAAAGGGUCCAAUACAAUUUAUGGGCAGUACCAUUUUUCUACUGAAACAUUAACUACUGUCAUUAAACCUUCUGAACAUGGUUUGGAUGUUUAUACCUCAACACAUUGGACAGAAGGUAUUCAAAUAAUGAUCGCAAAGGCGUUAAAGAUGGAUCAAAACCGGUGA